AUGCGCCCCCUCUGCGCAGCCCUCUGGCUGGCGCCGCUGCUGGCCGCCGCCGCCGCCGCCUCGCCCGCCGGCCUCGACGUCCAGCAAGGGCAGAGCUGCCACCGGCCGCUGCCGCGCCCGCCCGCCGGCCUCAGAACUUACCCUCGUCCUCAUGAAUACCUGGAAGUCUCUAAGCUACCCCAGAGCUGGGAUUGGCGCAACAUAGAUGGAGUCAAUUACGUGAGCACCACACGCAACCAGCACAUCCCUCAGUACUGCGGAUCCUGCUGGGCUCACGGCAGCACCAGCGCCCUCGCAGACCGCAUCAACAUAAAGAGGAAAGCCGCCUGGCCCUCUGCCUACCUCUCUGUUCAGCAUGUGAUUGACUGUGCUGACUCAGGGACCUGCCACGGAGGAGACCACACCGGCGUUUGGGAGUAUGCUCACACCCACGGCAUCCCGGAUGAGACCUGCAACAAUUACCAAGCCAAAGACCAAAAGUGCAAGAAGUUUAACCAGUGCGGGACGUGUGUUACGUUUGACGAAUGUCAUGUGAUUCGGAACUACACCCUCUGGAAAGUCGCUGAUUACGGAACAAUUAGCGGGAGGGACAAAAUGAAGGCGGAAAUCUAUGCCAACGGCCCCAUCAGCUGUGGGAUCAUGGCUACUCCCAAACUGGAGGAAUACACCGGUGGACUUUAUGAAGAAUACAAGUUUUUUCGCAUCAUCAACCACAUUGUCUCCGUCGCUGGCUGGGGUGUUGAAAAUGGAACGGAAUACUGGAUUGUCCGAAACUCUUGGGGAGAACCCUGGGGUGAGCGUGGAUGGCUUCGAAUCGUGACCAGCGCCUACAAAGGAGGAAGAGGCGGGCAUUACAACCUGGCUGUGGAGCGGAACUGUGCUUAUGGAGACCCGAUACUUCCUUAA